UCGAAACCCUAAAUCUCUGUGCUGAAAACACCAUUUUCAGACGAAGGUCUUACGGAAAUCAGAAACUCAGGUGAAAGCAGAACGAUGAUUCGAGUUACGAGACCAAAACCGAUUCUCGAAUCACUGAGUUACCACCUUAUCCAGAGAUGCUCCGCUGGCGGAACCCCAAAGGGAAAGGCCAAGCUGAAGACAGGCCAGCCAUUGAAGCGUAACAAGCUCUCAACCAAGAAAGGCGGUGGUGGCGGCGGCGGAGGAGGAGGAGCUGGAGAAGGAGAGGAGGCGGUUAAAGGAAAAGGGAGGAUUUCCGAUGAGAAGCAGAAGCUCUACGAGCAAUGCUUAACCGCUCCUUGCCCUGUUCGCUACUUGACGCCCAAGGAGAUCGAGCGAGAGGCGCAACGUGAGAAGCUAGGGCUGAUUAGCAAGGAGAAGCAACGUGAUAUGGAGAUUCAGAAGAAAGGAGGAGCCGCCGCGAUGGGAGUCACCGACGAGCCGAUCCGAAUCGGGACUCCAGGUUUGGAUUACAUUUCGUUAGGGAUCUUCGAAGCCGAAGAAUUGCCGAAAUACAAGCUGACGGAAGAAGACGGACAGAGACUCGCGAAGGAGAAUAGUAAAGUGUUGAUGAGAGAGCACAGAGAGCGUCGUGCAGCUGAGACUGCGCUUCUGAAUAUGAAGAAAGCUGCGAUUGAAGCAUUGCCGGAGACGCUGAAGAAGGCAGCGUUAGAGCCUGAUUUGACGCCAUUUCCGGCGAAUCGAGGUAUGGCCAGUCUUACACCGCCUAUUGAAGGGUAUCUAGAGAAGGUUAUGGAUGCAGCCAAGAAGAGUUCUAGUAAAGAGAAGUUGAGAUGAUUCAUUCUAAAAGUUGAAGCUAUACUCGGAAUGGAAUAGAACAAGACUGAGGAAUAUUGAUAAGUGCCAUAGACAGAAACUUCAAGAAACUGUCUUUAAGGGAUUUCAAGCUUGACUUAGAGAGACUAUUCGUUCAUGCAGCUUCUUGCCUUCUUUUGCAGAAGCAACUUUCUUCUGCUGUAUCCAGAUCUUGAUGUAUGAUCAAGUCUGUAUAUCCAUGGAUCUUGUUUUAAUAAUUUCCUUUAUUCAAAAUGAUAAUUGUUCAACAUUUGGGGAGGAAUCAAACAAAUAAGCUUAUUUGAGAAUUAAAUU